AUGGAAAUCUCCGAUGACAAGGAUAAGGCUGAACACCUCUCUCAGUUUUUCCGGUCCGUCGUGACAAGUGAACCUGAUUUUCUCUCCCCCAUUUGUGAAGACGAAGAAAAGCCUACCCUUGAAGCCGUAUUUUUCACCGAAGCAAUUGUUCGGAACGAGUUACUUAAUCUGAAAGAAUCGACCUCCCCAGGCCCUGAUGCAAUCCCCGCCAAGCUGCUGAAGGAGCUAGCUCCCGAAAUGUCCAAGCCAUUAGCCUUGAUCUUCCAAACAUCAUUUCUUACUGGAUGCCUGCCCUCUGACUGGAAGUCCGCUACCAUUACUCCGCUUUUUAAGAGCGGGAGUCGUGCGUCUGCAAAUAACCACAGCUUAGUGAGUCUUACCUCCAUCUGUUGCAAAAUCAUGGAGAAGAUCAUUAAGAAGGCCUUGAUGCAGUUCCUCGAGCAGCACCACCUCCUCUCUGAUGCACAACACGGCUUUCGAAGUGGUAGGUCAUGCCUCACGAAUCUGCUCUUUACGCUCGAACGCUAG